AUGAAUUAUUUUUUUCUUUUCAUAGUCUUAGGAGGAAUAGCCUUAGGUAAUUGCCGAAUUCAGGAAAGUAGAUUAUUAACGAAACGAAGAGUGCCAUCUGCCUUCACACUAGCUCGAUUACAAAAAGAGUACGAAGAUGAAGAAGAGGAAGGGAAAGAUUCAUCCAAAAAGAGAGUCGAUAAGUCUUUCCGACGUGACGAUGUCAUGAGCGAUUCAAAAUGCUUAGAGAAAUGUAAUAAUCGACUCAAUAUUGGGAUGGAUAUGGUCAAUGCUCAUAUGGCUUUCGGAAGCAUUGAUGUACCUUCUGUGGUCGCUCCUAGAGAUUUGGACUUGUUCUGUCAUCUGGAUAAACAGCACAGUCAGUGCAUAGAUGAAUGCGGCUAUUCCGUCCAGUUUAACCUCCGAGAAUAUGUUUGUCGCCAUCGGUUCAAUGAGAUGUUAGAUCACCAAUCAUGCUACUCUAAAGCUGCUCCAAUUCUUAUUCGUCACUGUCGUCCACGGUGUGGUAACUAUACACCUUUGAAGACAUCCGUUCAAGGAUACGCAACAAGAUGCCGUCAACUUCUGUGCGAUCAUACAUGCAUUUCUUUCAUAUUGAAACAUGUAUGUGGAAAAGAGGAAGGAACAGAAGCUUCCGAGUUUCUUCUCGAAUUUACACGCUUACAGGUGGAGUAUUGGAUACGUGACUUCGCAAAAUCAAAAAAUAUGUUGCCGUCAAAAGCUUAUCCAAAAUCAUGUGCUCGAUUACAAUGUGAUGACUUCAAGCUUGAAAAUUGUAAAACCCAUAAUAUGGGCUAA